UACACAGAGGGGAGGGCAGUCAGUAUUUAGGAUACAGGGAGGGGAGGGAUACAGGGAGGAGGGAUAUACAGAGGGGAGGGCAGUCAGUAUUUAGGAUACAGUUUCAGCAGCACAGCCCAGUAAAGACAAUCGUAUCGUACAGAAGAAGAGAAGAUCAGACCCCUGCACAGACACCUACAAUGCUGCUGAGGACUCUGCCGUUGCUGGCCUUGCUAGCCCUGCCCUGUGCCCAGGCUCUGGAAGAACCAAAGAGCAAAUCCAAGAUCUGCGCCAAUGUCUUCUGUGGUGCUGGCAGGGAGUGUGCAGUAACAGAGAAGGGAGACCCUACCUGCUUGUGUAUUGAGAAAUGUAAAUCCCAUAAGCGACCUGUGUGUGGUAGCAACGGCAAAACCUACCUGAACCACUGCGAGCUGCACCGGGACGCCUGUCUGACCGGCUCUAAGAUACAAGUAGACUAUGACGGACAUUGUAAAGAGAAGACGUCUGACACCCCAGCAGCAAGCCCAGUUGUAUGUUACCAGUCUGAUCGUGAUGAGCUGCGCAGACGCGUUAUCCAGUGGUUAGAGGCUGAGAUCAUCCCUGAUGGCUGGUUCUCCAAAGGCAGCAACUACAGUGAUAUCCUCGAAAGAUAUUUCAAGAGUUAUGAUGAUGGAGAUUCUCGUCUGGACUCCUCAGAAUUCCUGAAAUUCCUGGAACAAAACCAGACAGCAAUUAACAUCACCACAUACAUGGACCAGGAGACCAACAAGAUUCUCAAGGGGUUGUGUGUUGAAGCCCUUAUUGAGCUGUCAGAUGAGAAUGCCGACUGGAAAUUGAGCUUUAAUGAAUUCCUGAAGUGCCUGAACCCAGAAUUCCAACCAGCUGACAAAAAGUGCGCACUAGAAGAUGAGACAUACGAGGAUGGCGCAGAGACCCAAGUGCAGUGCAAUAGAUGUGUGUGUGCCUGCGGCAACUGGGUGUGCACCGCCAUGUCUUGUGAAGGAAAGAACGAGCAGCCAGAAGAUCAGAUGCUCAGAUAUGUAGAUGAGCUGAGGAAGCACCAGGAGACAGUUGAACAAUCCAAGAGUAUGAACACAAAGGACAUAUAAUUUCAUGGUCCGGAUUCCCUGUGCUGCUUGGCGCUCCUGGCGCUGAUCCGGCUGACACUAUUAAUCUAUAGGAGUGGGCAGGGGAAUCAGCUUUAAUCACAUUGAGGAAAAAUCAAUAUGUUUGUAGGGCAUAGGUGCAAAAAUGAGGGGAGGGGGCCUUGGGUUUUUGACCCCCACCAUAAAUGAUUAGUUCACUUCAUUUCAAUGUGGCUUGUGGCCACUUACCUGUGUUUGCCUCCUGAUUUUUAAAGUAAUAAGGCACUCGGGAGUUGCGCUGCCAUGUGAGUGAGUUUUGGUGCCUUUACAUUACCUAUCAGGGUUAUAAACUCAUGAAAUAAUGCCACUUGUUACAGCAUUAGUAUCUGCUGUAUUGUAAACAGUUAAUGUAAAUUAAUUUCAGUCCAGUUCACACAAACUAAAUGCAUUGCAAACCUGACAAUAUACGCAGAGAUGUCACAUAGCCAAAAAAUACUCUGCAGUGUAAUGAAACCUUCUGUCCUGUCAGGUGGAUUAUAAAUAGAUAACAGAACCAAAUGAUUUGUAAAAACAACUUGUGAGGCUCCAUAUUUUGUAAGAUACCAGAAUUGAACCUGCUGUUGUGUAAUAUUGUUAUUAUUUCCCAUUCUUGCUGAGUGCCUUAUUGACACCUGUCAGUAUAUUAGCCCUCCCAUACAUUGUCCUGUAGUGCCCCUGGUGUAUUUAGCUGUGUGCAAGGGAGUGAUUAUUCCUAGAGAUACAUGUUUACUAAUUAACCCAUUGUAUGCCAUCUGCGGCCCUUACCUUCCCAUGAUGGGCCAUGGUUUCUGUAUAGCUGUGGGUGAGCGCAUCCAGUAGCUCAGGUAUUGUGACUGACUCACCUGUACACUUCAGGGAAAGCGGGGAAUCUGACCUGGCACCAGCUCCUGAAGGCCACAGAGUGUAGCCAAGGGAAACUCUUAUGUGCAUCACCUUGGCAGGGAACAGGACAACACAUAUAGGGCCCAUUCAUCAGCUCCUGAAGGCCACAGAGUGUAGCCAAGAUAAUCUCUUAUCCACAUCACCUUGGCAGGGACCAAGACAACACAUAUAGUGCUCAUUCAUAAGCUCCUGUAGGCCACAGAGUGUACUCAAGGGAAACUCUUAUGUGCAUCACAUUGACAGGGACCAGGACAACCCAUAUAGGGCUCAUUCACCAGCUCCUGAAGGCCAAAGAGUGUAGCCAAGGGAAACUCUUAUGUGCAUCACAUUGGCAGGGACCAGGACAACACAUAUAGUGCUCAUUCAUAAGCUCCUGUAGGCCACAGAGUGUAGUCAAGGGAAACUAGUGCACAUCACCUUGACAGGGACCCCAGGACAACACAGAUAGUGCUCAUUCAUCAGCUCAUGUAAGUCACAGAGUGUAGCCAAGGGAAAUUCUUAUGUGCUUCACAUUGGCAGGGACCAGGACAACCCAUAUACAGUAGUGCUCAUUCAUUAGGUUCUGAAGGCCACAGAGUGUAGCCAAGGGAAACGCUUUUGUGCAUCAGAUUGGCAGAGACCAGGACAACACAUAAAGUGCUCAUUCAUCAGCUCCUGAAGGCCACAGAGUGUAGCCAAGGGAAACUCUUAUGUACUUCACAUUGGCAGGGACCAGGACAACACAUAUAGUGCUCAUUCAUCAGCUCCUGUAAGUCACAGAGUGUAGUCAAGAGAAACUCUUAUGUGCUUCACAUUGGCAAGGACCAGGACAACACAUAUAGUGCUCAUUCAUCAGCUCCUGUAAGUCACAGAGUGUAGUCAAGGGAAACUCUUAUGUGCUUCACAUUGGCAAGGACCAGGACAACACAUAUAGUGCUCAUGCAUCAGCUCCUGUAAGUCACAGAGUGUAGUCAAGGGAAACUCUUAUGCACAUCACAUUGGCAAGGACCAGGACAACACAUAUAGUGCUCAUGCAACAGCUUUGCAAAUAUCCCCUUGAACUGCUUCUGUAAAGAAGCCAGGGUUGUUCUGGUAUUUCAGAGCUUAUCACUCACAAAACAUGUUAAAAUCAGAAUUCACUAAGAAUGAGUACAUUUAAGUGGGAAAAAUCUCUUCACAUUCUAGGUUGUUCAUUGCAGCUUAUUUGACUAAAAUAACUAAUCUAGGAAAUGAAGAGCUUUUAUUCACUUCAUGUGUCUCUGAAUCCUUUUUUUAUUGCUAGUUCCCCUCUUAUUAAGGUGCUAUGAUUUACAGGACACAGUCUAAGUGUAUCUUUUAUUUUUAUUUCCUGUCUUUAUCAGUAGUAUUUAGAAGUGUUCUAGUCAAUGUAGUGACUUUAUUUUAUAUUUUAAACUCUCCCAACCUUUUGUUUUGUGAUGAAAUGAUAGAUUUGUGCUUUUUCAGAGAGUGUGCAUUAGUCUGAGGUCACACAGGAGGCCAGUAAUCGUGUUCAAAAUAAUACACUGUAAUAAUAAGAGGCACCACUAGGGGGCAGAAACAUCAAGGAACUCCUGUUAACAUAAGCUUUAUUAUUAGUAAAAAGCUAUACAGGUAUUUGAUAAUAAUAUUUCAUAAAUUAAAAAUUACCCUGUGCUGAACAUUCAGUAAUCAGAUCUGCAAGUGGAAGCUUCUGUACCAACCUCUGUGUGUCCCCGUAUCAGUAUUCAUUGCAUAUAUUUCACCUUUAAUAUUUGUUUUUAUAUUUGUUCAUUUUUUUAUUCUAUACCAACCAAAUAAAAAAAAACUAUAAAA